AUGGUGACCCAGGGCUCCGUUACAAGUGGACCGCUAAGGAGGAGUAUCGGAAAAAGAAAACAACUCCUGAAUGAGUUGCUCAGCGAGGAAUCCACCACUUCAUCUGAACUGAUCCCACGAUAUGACGCUAUCGAGUUAGAGAAGGCGGUGCUCGGCCUCUUCGACGAAUUCGAGAGGUGCGAACGGAAUCUGAGUGCUCUCGCCGAUGCCGAGAACAAAUGGGCUGCCCUCCGACGCAGCAAUCCCCCGGAACAAAAAGAGCACGACUCUUAUGUAGCGAACUACGGACCCUACAUGGAGACGUAUCGAGAAGGAGAGUUACGACUCCAGGAGAUCGUGGAACUCUAUCGAGCUGGCUACACCCGACUCGAGUCAUUGGACAAGACUCGUGUGGAGAAUCUAACUCAACCCAAUGAGCUGAUACUCACAACGCCACUGCUCACGGACUUGACGGAUUUGAAAUCUGGUCAUACAACGCCGAAUCCGCGCCCCGACGCAAUACAAACAUUGCCGACGGCGGACGAGAAGAAGCAAAGGACGCCGACAACGAUCGCGUCAUCAAAGGAAAUGGCGCCGCCAACACCGCAAAUGGCACCCAUUCAAACGACAUCUACUCAUAUGUCACCAACAAGAACACCACCGUUCGACCCGACGAGAAGAGGAAUGGACGCUCAGACCAUCGACUCCAACAUGCAAGGAGUGAUUGUCGUGGAACCAAACGUGACCGUGAAGACUAGCAACCCCUGGAACGCUGGGGCUGCUGCUUCACACCCACAAAUGGUUCUAGGACACAACCUACAGAUGCAGCUCCAACUACCAGCAGUGCAACUACCAGUCUUCAAUGGAGACUCAUUGAAAUAUUUCGAAUUCCGUCAACUAUUCGACGCUCUGGUCACCGGACAAGCUGAAGCCGCGAAGAUGCAUUUUCUGCGAUCGUCUCUCACCGGAGAAGCCGCGGAACUAGUGCGAACACUACCGGUCACGCACGCCAGCUAUGAAAUAGCGAUCGACAUUCUCGAUCAAAACUACGGCGGAAAACUGAGGCAGAAGACUCUCCUACUGCAGAAGAUGCGCAACCUGCCGGACAUCACCCACACCACGGAUCCCAAGAGCCUGAAGAUGUUCCUCACGCAAGCAACGAUUACCUUCAACCUACUUAUGACUCUGGGGGGCGACGCAGACAACUCAACAACCGCUGAUAUUAUAAUGUGCAAGCUGCCAAUGAGGAUCCAGAUCAAACUGUACGGCAACUCGAACGGAGAGAACACCUACUUGGCCGGAGACCUUCUCCAUCGAGCAGGAGAGAUCUCAAGGAACGAGAAUCUGAUUGCCGAUCUCUGCAACAGGCAUCAGGACAACCGGAAUGUGACGACGAUGGCUGCCAUCAACCACAUCAACAACAAUCGUCAGCGACAUCAACCAUGUGGUGGAAGAUCCACUCCUCAUCAACAACACCAGCAGCGUCCACAGAAACCAUGUGCCUUCUGUGUCGAAGUACGAAUGGUACACCUACCAGAGGAAUGCCGAAAACAUCCAACCGUGACCAUUCGGAAACAACGUGCAAAGGACCUCCGUCUGUGCUUCCGCUGCCUCGAACAAGGACAUGGUUCGAAGCAAUGCUCUGCAUCCUGCCAAGGCUGCCAAGGACAUCAUCAUGCCGCCAUCUGCCCGAAACGUGAGCCUGCUGCAGCCAAUCAAGCAAGAAGGAACGACUACCAGUCACCAAGGAAUGGACCACCUGGAUCUGGAGGAUCCGGCGGAUAUGCCGCUCCAACUGGACAGUCACCACGAGGAUGGAAUCAACGUUCGACUUGGCCGCAACCAUCCAACCAAACGACUCAACAACCUGCAUCGCAAGAUCCGCGUCGUCAAGGGCACUGGAAUGGCCCGGUGAACUUCAAUCAAAGACCACAAGCUCAGACACACUGCGUCGAAGCAAUGGAGAACCCGACCAGCGCCACCUUUACGACGCAAACGGAAAUCACUACCGCUCCAACUACUGAAGCCGUGGAAGCCGAACUGUCAGACAAGGAGCCGGAGAACGUCGACUACGACAACGAGGAAGGAGCUGGAGAACGUCACCCGAUCGACGCCACUCCAACGAAGCAGCAGAUCAUCAUGCAAGUCUUUGACAUCAACAUUCUGGACGGAGAUGGACAGGAGCAUACGGCUACUGUAUUCCUAGACGAAGGCUCCAACACCAGCUACAUCACCAAGGACCUUGUGCAGAAGCUGAACAUCAAUUCAACCGGAACGAAACAUUUGAAUCUGACUACGUUCCAGUCCAAGAAGAAGAACAUGAAGCUGCGGACAUUCGACGUUGCGUUCAGGACGGAAACCACCACUAAGGUCAUCCAACUCUUCGAGAUCGACACCCUGCCGAACAACGUCUGCUCAACCGUCAUCUCCACCAAUUUGGUCAAUCAACUACUGAAGGACCCAAAUAUUCGACUUCCAAGGAUUGCCAAGGACAUUGACAUCUUAAUUGGAUUGGACACCAGCAUCAGUCUCUUGGGAGAGAAGAAAUCCUUCAUUUUUGGCGAUCUCGAGCUCCGUGUCACCGAAUGUGGACCAAUAAUCUCUGGACGAGAACCAGCAAGGGAGCCCGAACCAGCAAUGACCUUCACCACGAUGAACGAGACUACUGCAAUCGACGAGAUCCCUGAGAUGGAAGAGAUCCGCACCGUCAUCUCCCGAAUGUCAACACUGGAAGGAAUCGGCAUCACGGAUACAACUGCACCGGCCACAUCGAAAGAUGAAGAAAGUUGUCAACGAAAGAAACAUUACUGA